CCGGCCCUCCAAAAGCGAUGCUGCUUCUCUCCUAGGAUAAAGAAGGAAAAGAAAAGCUUAUAGAGGUGCAGCCGCAGGCAAGUGUUGGCUGCGAAGGCGGGGCCUGCGGGGAAGGCCGUGAAGGUUUUACAGCAUACCAUCUCAUUUGGAAAACAGGAAAAAAUUUCUAGCAGAAUGUCAGCUUUUCGUAAUCAUUGUCCACAUUUGGAUUCAGUUGGAGAAAUAACAAAAGAAGAUUUAAUAGAAAAAUCUCAUGGUACUUGUCAGGAUUGUAAAGUCAGAGGACCAAAUCUUUGGGCGUGCCUAGAGAACAGAUGUUCAUAUGUUGGGUGUGGUGAAUCCCAAGUAGAUCACAGCACCAUACAUUCUCAGGAGACAAAGCAUUAUCUAACUGUGAACCUUACUACUCUUCGAGUAUGGUGUUAUGCUUGUAGCAAAGAAGUAUUUUUGGAUAGGAAGUUAGGAACUCAGCCUUCGUUGCCUCAUGUAAAACAGCUUCAUCCAACACAAGAAAACAGUGUCCAGGAUUUUAAAAUACCUAGUAACACAACAUUAAAAACUCCUCUGGUUGCUGUAUUUGAUGAUCUGGAUAUAGAAGUGGAAGAAGAAGAUGAACUUAAGGCAAGAGGACUUACAGGUUUGAAAAAUAUUGGAAAUACUUGUUAUAUGAACGCAGCUUUGCAAGCCCUUUCCAAUUGCCCACCUUUGACACAGUUUUUUCUUGAUUGCGGAGGACUAGCUCGAACAGAUAAGAAACCAGCCAUUUGUAAAAGCUAUCUCAAACUGAUGACAGAACUGUGGCAUAAAAGCAGGCCAGGAUCUGUGGUGCCUACUAAUCUGUUUCAAGGAAUUAAAACUGUAAAUCCAACAUUUCGGGGGUAUUCCCAGCAGGAUGCUCAAGAAUUUCUUCGAUGUUUAAUGGAUCUGCUUCAUGAAGAAUUGAAAGAGCAGGUCAUGGAAGUAGAGGAAGACACUCAAACUAUAACGACUGAGGAGAAUAUGGAAGAAGACAAAAGCCAGUCAGAUGUAGAUUUUCAAUCCUGUGAAUCUUGUGGCAGUAGUGAUAAAGCCGAAAAUGAAAGUGGCUCUAGGGGCUUUCCAGAAGAUAAUAAUGAAACAACAAUGUUAAUUCAAGAAGAUGACAACAAUUCAGAAAUGUCAAAAGACUGGCAAAAGGAGAAGAUGUGCAAUAAGAUUAAUAAAAUGAAUUCAGAAGGAGAAUUAGAUAAAGAUAGAGAAUCUGUAUCUGAAACAGUCAACUUGAACAACCAGGAAACUGUCAAAGUGCAAAUACACAGCAGAGCUUCAGAAUAUAUCACUGAUGUCCAUUUGAAUGACCUACCUGCACCACAGAUCCUUCCAUCAAAUGAAGGUGUUAAUUCACGUUUAUCAACAAGCCCUCCAAAAUCAGGCAAUUUGUGGCCAGGAUUGGCACCCACACAGAAAAAAGCUCAAUCUGCAUCAUCUCCUAAGAGGAAAAAACAGCACAAGAAAUACAGAAGUGUUAUUUCAGACAUAUUUGAUGGAACAAUUAUUAGUUCAGUGCAGUGUCUGACUUGUGACAGGGUGUCUGUAACCCUCGAGACCUUUCAGGAUCUCUCCUUGCCAAUUCCUGGCAAGGAGGACCUUGCUAAGCUGCAUUCAUCGAGUCAUCCAACUUCUAUAGUAAAAGCAGGAUCAUGUGGUGAAGCAUAUGCUCCACAAGGAUGGAUAGCUUUUUUCAUGGAAUAUGUGAAAAGGUUUGUUGUCUCAUGUGUCCCUAGCUGGUUUUGGGGUCCAGUAGUAACCUUGCAAGAUUGUCUUGCUGCCUUCUUCGCCAGAGAUGAACUAAAAGGUGACAAUAUGUACAGUUGUGAAAAAUGCAAAAAGUUGAGAAAUGGAGUAAAGUUCUGUAAAGUACAAAAGUUUCCUGAGAUUUUAUGCAUCCACCUUAAAAGAUUCAGACAUGAACUGAUGUUUUCCACAAAAAUCAGUACCCAUGUUUCAUUUCCACUAGAAGGUCUGGAUCUUCAGCCAUUUCUUGCUAAGGAUACUCCAACUCAAAUUGUGACAUACGACCUUCUGUCAGUCAUUUGUCAUCAUGGAACUGCAAGUAGUGGACACUAUAUAGCCUAUUGUCGAAACAAUUUAAAUAAUCUCUGGUAUGAAUUUGAUGAUCAAAGUGUCACUGAAGUUUCAGAAUCUACUGUACAAAAUGCAGAAGCUUAUGUUCUCUUCUAUAGGAAGAGCAGUGAAGAGGCACAAAAAGAGAGACGAAGGAUAUCAAAUUUGUUGAACAUAAUGGAACCAAGCCUCCUUCAGUUUUAUAUUUCUCGACAGUGGCUAAAUAAAUUUAAGACCUUUGCUGAACCUGGUCCUAUUUCAAACAAUGACUUUCUUUGUAUUCAUGGAGGUGUUCCUCCACGAAAAGCUAGUUAUAUUGAAGACCUGGUUUUGAUGCUGCCUCAGAACAUUUGGGAUAACUUAUAUAGCAGGUAUGGAGGAGGACCAGCUGUCAACCAUCUGUACAUUUGUCACACUUGCCAAAUUGAGGCAGAGAAAAUUGAAAAAAGAAGGAAAACUGAACUGGAAAUUUUUAUUCGGCUCAACAGAGCAUUCCAAGAAGAGGAUUCUCCAGCAACUUUUUAUUGCAUCAGCAUGCAGUGGUUUAGAGAAUGGGAAAGUUUUGUAAAGGGUAAAGAUGGAGAUCCUCCAGGACCUAUUGAUAACACUAAAAUUGCAGUCACUAAAUGCGGUAAUAUGAUGCUCAGGCAAGGAGCAGAUUCUGGUCAGAUUUCUGAAGAAACAUGGAAUUUUUUACAGUCCAUAUAUGGUGGAGGGCCUGAAGUUAUUCUACGACCUCCAGUUAUUCAUGUCGACCCUGAUGUACUACAAGCAGAAGAAAAAAUUGAAGUAGAAACUCGGUCUUUGUAA